AUGACUUCACGUUUAGAUGACUGUAAACUAAACAUUUGGACUCCGUUCACCCAUCCGUCACGUUCGCCUUGCCAUUCAAUCGUAUCUGGACACACCGCGAACAUUUUUUCGGCACGAUUUAUGGCCAAUACGGGAGACCGUCAUAUAGUUUCAUGUGCAGCAGAUGGAAUUAUACGGUUCACAGAUUUGAAUAAAGUUACUGAUAGCGGAAUCGGAUGUCCAUCACCGCCCUUUAGGUGUCAUAGAGAUUUAGUCUAUGAAGUGAUGCCCGAUCCUACCGAUAGCAACGUUUUCUUUUCCUGCUCAGACGACGGUUGUAUAAAUCUCUUCGAUCUCCGCGUCUCAACCUCAUGUACAGGACAAACAAGCCAAUCAACGGAUCAGGAGUCAUCAAGAAGAAGAGAUAGAAGGCGGCGACCGCUAGGAUUGUUUACUUAUGGAAGCGCUGUCACGGCGAUUAGUAUUAGACCGGAUAAUCCCGUUUAUCUUGCGGCAGCGUGUUCGGAUGAAACAGUCAGGAUAUACGACAGACGGUUCGUUCGCCCGCCGAGCGAAAAUGUAUAUCAUCGGGAAGGACAAGUUUAUCAAUUUAUUCCAUCACACCUUAAAAGUCGGCGAAGAGAAGCUGCCAAUGGGACCGGAAGACUAAGAUCUGCCGCCAUCCAUUCUCAUCCUCACAAGAUGACUUCACUCAAAUUUGAUCCAAAUGGUGGUGGUGACUUGUGCGCUAGUUAUUCACGAGAGAAAGUAUACUUGAUUCGUCCGCAUGGAGGGAAGUUUGAUAAAGUUGUAUCGAAGAGAAACGGCGGAAUCAGAGUAUUGAACAAGGGAAAAGGAAAGGGAAUUGAUGCUCAAGGAUUCCCUGAAAAUAGGAACACGUUAGGAGGUCCGAAUGAUAUGGAAGUUGAUCUGUAUGAUAUCAGACUCGAUAUAUCCGAUAGCGACGACGAUGAGAAUGGCGGUGUGUUCGCAUCUUCUAUUAAGAAAGAUGCAAACAACUUCAUGAGUGAGGACGAGGAUACCGUUUCGACUCUAUCGCCAUCCCCGUCGCACAAUGUCACUGCAUCUCCAGCAAACGAUCGUUUGGCCGACGCGAAUGUGAAGAUAAAAUAUCCAUCUUCAUCUCCUUAUUCAUCUUCGACUGAAGUUUCCACAAAAAUAGACGAAACUGUUUCUACAGCGGAGCUCUCAGAUACUCUACUGUUUAAAACAUCCUCAACAUUGUCACCAUUAUUAGACGACUUUUACCCUAGCACAACUCAAUCGCCAUCAUUUCCGUUCAGCAGUGUACCUAAUCCCAUGCCCGAUCGUCUUUCUACUUCACCAGCCCACUCGUCUGCCCAGACGCCACUAUCUGCCGCCAGCUCAUCCGUAGAGAGUUCAAAUACUACUACACCGAAUAUAUCUCGAUUGGAUACGUCAAAUUCCGAUGACUUUUGGUCGGAGAUUAUAAAAGAAGCCAACUUUUUCGGGGGCCGAUCAGAGUACAUAAUGUCUGGAUCAGAUGAUGGGCGGAUCUUUGUAUGGGAGAAGUCGACGGGAAAGUUGGUCAAUCUUAUGAUGGGAGACCGUCGCGUCGUCAACUGCAUACAGCCACACCCAUUUUAUCCGAUUUUGGCAACAUCUGGAAUAGACUAUGACGUGAAACUAUGGUACCCAACUGCGGAUAGUCCAUAUAAUGUCUCAGAAGCUGAAGAGAUUGUAAAGAAGAACAGGGAGCAGUCAAGAGAAAGUGCGUCACCCUUUUUUGGCGAACGAGUUACAGUGCCUGUGCCUGCAAAUAUGUUUUUCCACUUUUUGUCUAUGUUGAACGACUCGUUCGAUCCAUUCUUCGACUCUGUUGAUUCAGACUAA